AUGGCUGACUCCAGUGACGUAUUUGUUGCUCAGGAGCCAAUUUAUAAUGUUGAUAGUGACGAACUUGAGGCUGAAAGUGAAGACGUUCAAUGUGAUGUGAAUGAAGAUAGUGUCAAUGUUGAAGAUAGAGUGAAUGUGAUUCCCUCUUCAAGUAGUGGUCCGUUAGAGCCAUUCAUUGGUAUGGUUUUUGAGGAGGUCGAAGAUGCCCAAGCAUUUUACAAGGCAUAUGCAAGGCGACAAGGAUUCGCAAUCCGGACGAAUCAUACUCGAUUGUCGAAAGAUGAUAAAACUCUUUGUGCAGUAGAUUAUGUUUGCACGAGGGAAAGAUUUUGA